GUGAACCACUCGGACCCCGCCCUCACGACCACGAAAACAUAUCGCACUCGCCAUGAAUUUUAAUACCAACGACAAUCUGGUCCUCGUCGCCCCACGCCCCGUUCGCCUAGCGGCUGGUGCCGCUCCUUUCCCCUUCAACGCACCUAUCGCUCAUCGCCCCCGAUCCCGCGCCGCCAUCCUAUCUGCUGCCGCCGAAGCCUUCGACCGCUUGAAACUGGUCGAGGACCACGCCGAUCAACCUACUGAAUUGUCGGAGAAAGAAAGAUUGUCUCCACGCCCGUCGCCCCGGUCGACUCCUGCGGAAGCUCUUGAAGAGUUCCUUUCCAUCUUGCAGCACCCGGGCACUAUCCGCUUUCAGCCCACUUCUCCCAUCCUCCGCGCGACUAAUCACAAUACGCACUUCUUCACCUACCGCCGUCAGACGCCAUGCAGCUUAAGUCCUUCCCUUCCCUCUGAGGGGCUCGGAUUGACUAUCGGUGACCAUGCUGAUGACAAGGAAAACGAGGGUGUCACUUACCCCUUCAAGCUUCUGGGUAGCUCUCUAGGAUCACCUGUCUCUCGCACGCAGACGCGCAACCCCUUCCAGCGCCACUCAUCUUACGAGAGUAGCGUAGCUGCAUAUCUACGCCCGUCGUCAGCCAUGUCUCCUUCUCCCACCUCGGCGCUGUCGCCCGCGGCUAUUCCGCUGCCGCUACCCACGCCUGACGAGAUGGAAUUCGAGACCGCAUAGACACAUGUAUCGGAUGGCGUCAAACUGCUUCUCUUCGCUGGUGCUGAGGCCUCCACUCUGGAUUGCUACUAGUCCUGGGGCUUCAGCCAUCUCCUCACCACUGCUGUCGUUGCUCAUUGUUACCUUGCAGCAUCAGUAGAUCCCCUCUCCACCAUCCUCGUCCCUGUGUUCAUCGUCCCUGCUUAAAAGGACGUUACCUUACGAUCUUUUCCUAUCUAUUAUCGCAUAGCGUUUGCGAGCGUCGUGAUAUCCUGUAUUGACUCCCAGACCUCGCCUUCCCUCAUGUACCCUCAAAGUAACUUAAGUAGUAUUGUUCCUCGGAUUCUCGUAGUGCAUCUUCUGUGGUAUAUCGAGUCAGGAGACCUUUUGUGUCGUACGUACGUGUCGGCAGUGCUUAUAGGAAGUGUACACCACAAUGUAAUGAAUUCUACUUGGC